AUGUUGGUCAGUUAUCAGCCGUACAUCAUUGUUCACCUUGUGCUGGCUGAUGACCGGGCUUUGGACAGCAAGAUAAUGUCACACUCCACAACAAAGAUGUUGACUACAAAGACCAUUCACUACUGUUACAGAAGACUGGCAUUAAAAUGGCAUCCAGACAAGAACCCAGACAACAAGGAGGAGGCAGAGAAAAAGUUUAAAGAGCUGUCAGAGGCCUAUGAAGUGCUCUCCGAUGAAAACAAGAGGACUAUUUACGACCAGUACGGCAAACAAGGCCUCUCAGGAGGAGGAAGAGGCGGCGGAGGUGAUGACCCGCUUGACGAUUUCUUCGGUGGCGGUCGCAGUCGUCACAGAGGUGCAAGCAGAGGCCGGAUGGGUGGGCCCAUUUUUGGUUUCGGCGGCUUUCCACCAUUUGGGCCCAGCUUCUCAGGGUUUGAUUCAGGUUUUAACACUUUUGGAGACAUGGGUGGAGGAGGAUUCACUUCCUUCUCCUCUUCUUCGUUUGGCGGUAGUGGUGGAGGGGGAAUGGGGAACUUCAAGUCAGUGUCAACCUCCACUAAAAUCAUAAAUGGCAGAAAAAUUACCACGAAAAGGAUUGUAGAGAAUGGCCAGGAGCGGGUAGAGGUGGUGGAGGAUGAUGUUGCAGCCCAAGAUCCCUUUGAGGAGGAGUUUCGUCGCUGCAGACAGAAUACACUUCCUGGCUUGGGCCUGCACCAGCGCUACCUGAGGAACUCCGCCCAAAACCCCUCAGAGGAAGAGGAGGAGCACAGCCCACAGAGUCUGGGACUAACGAGAGGACACAUGGACUCCAAGAGGAAGAAGCUGUGGCUAAAGGAGGCCGAAUCCAAAAAGAAACGGGCUCCUCGGUUCUUCCCUCGGUUCAGUGGACUCGGUUCCUUUUUUUAAACACUUCAGAUGCACUUACAUGGUGUUUUUAUUUUUUUUGGCAGAGGUGCCUUUAGUCACACAGGGCAUUAGUUUAUUUUGUGUCGGAGACCCAGCCGCUUCACUGCUACGCCGUAUCUCCUCUGGUCUAUCAGCCGCGGUACAAAGCAUAUCUCCUACCUUCUUUUAUCAGCCAUUCAAAAGCCUGCAGAGACCUCACUUUAAUGUUUAGCUUAUACAAGAUAUGCUGUAGUGGUUUCACGUGUUGCUGCGUUUAUUGUGGGUGGGCGUUGUGGGUGUACAGUGAGCGUUCAGGACUUAAAUUAAUCUCCUACGAGUGGACUCUCCUCCUUUUUAAAGCAUGUUUUGUGAGUGUAUGAAAGGGUUUAGAUAAAAAGGAGAAUUACCGGUGCAAUCUAGUAAAUGUGAAAGUUUCUGCACCGAUACUACACAUUGUGUGAAGGUAAGUGAAGGUGAAAGUAUCAGGUAGAUCAUUCUUUUAAAAGAGGGAGAGGAUUGACAAGGGAAUGUGAAAAUAAAAGAAGCUGACAGCAUUGGAAAGUAUUAAACAAAUGAAUAUAUUUUGCUCUCUUCUAAAUUAACUUUAAAUGUGUAAAUUCAUCAGUACCUUUCAAAACAUGAAAAGAUUAUUUUUAUUAAAUGGAUUUAGAAAAGAUUCCUUUGAUAAAAAUUGAAAGAAAAAGCAGUUUUCUGCAUCUGAUCAGUCCUUGAAGGAUUGUUCUCAUGACUAACUGUGAAUGGAAAUGUGGAAAUGUUAGAGAAAUGUUCAUUUUCUAUGAAAUCCACUAUUAAAUUCUUCCAAAUAAACCUUUCCUGUGAGUGUAUUGUCAAUACGA